AUGGAGCCUACCGAGGACCAGAUCUCGCAAGUCAUUGACUUUGCAGGUCUCGACCGCUUGGCCGACCGGGACAUGGUGAUCCAGGCGCUCAAGAAUAACGGCGGCAACAGCGAAGCGGUGAUCAUGAGCUACUUUGAUAAUCCCGAUAGCUUUCGACAACGCUUUACCAUGCAAUGGAAUGAUAGCAUGUUUGGCGCAGACCGGAACGGCGAAAAUGACAACACCGCCGGCUCCUCUUUCCACAUCGAGGAACCGAAUCCGAACCCUUCGUUUUUUAUCGAAUCCAUGGAUAACUCGAUGCAUGAAGGCGACGUCAUUGCGGGAGUCACGCCGCCGCCUGAUAGGUACAGCCUAGGAGCACCCUCCCGACCUCCUUCCAGAUCCAAUGCCAAAUCCCCCUUAGGACGAAUGAUAGAUAUCACGGCCUCCGAUGCUCCCAGGUUUGUUGACCAAACCGACCAAGAUCAGCUUAGCCAAGAUAUGGAGCGAGCCCUACGCGAAUCUGCCCAAGAAGCCGGAAUAGCUGCCCCUGGGCAAGAGUCGGGAGUCCUAGAAAACUAUGCAUCUACACCACAUUUUGGGCCCGCGACGAGAACGCAAUAUGAAAACGAUGACUGGGCUAUGGUGCGACUUGCCGCUACUGCCAGCAGGGCUUCGAAUGCAUUACCUGCCUCGGAUCGACAGCGAAAGACGGAUGCCCCGGCGUUUCUGGUACAACACCCAAACACUGUGGGCUCUCAUAAGCUGGGCGGUGUUUUGACAAUUCUGCACGAGAUUCCCCUAGCACGAAAUGCUCUUCUUCGAUGCGGAGAACCUUGCGAAGCCUAUGGAUUUGACAGUGAGUGGUGGCAAGGCAAAAGCAUCACACCUGUGCAGUCAGUCCAUGUGCAGACACCUGGUAGUGAUUUGGAAUCGCCACAGGAAGAGGAUGCGACCCCAGGAUUUGAAGCCGAGAUCCACAGGCUGAUGGCUUUUCUCGACUCUACCGAGCGAAGCUACGGCUCUUCCAGCAUCUUGACGAACAUGAUCCCGGACCCCGCGACGGGAGUGGAGAAGCAGUUCUACGAGCAUCUAGGGCAAAGACAUGGAGAGCAUCUCCAUCCUCUUACCCAAGUCGCUUCACUCACUCUUUUGCAUGACGACGGCUCCAGCGACGAACCCAGCGACGGAGAUGCUAGAUUUGGCUUGCUCGAGAUUGAGCAUCUGAAAGGUGACUAUAAUCAUAUCAAGACGCUCUACGAAGCCUUGGACCAUCUCAUGUGGAGCGAUGUGCUCUCGUGGAAUGAGAUCAGCGACGAGUCGAAGAUGGCUGUGUUCAAGGACAUGGGAGAGGUACUGGCCUUGAAAUUCGGUGGCGAGGGUCCCGAAGACUCUCUGGAUAUACCAACCGAGUUCUACCCAGAAAGAUAUCUCACAACCCGGAAACGUGAAGCAGGUCGCAUUCAAACGGCCUGGUGUGAGACGAAACUCGCCAUGAUGAGAAUUGCGCGAGAGGAGAAAGAGGUACGCGAAUGGCGAGACGAUUUCAAUCAGAUCUCGUUUAAUAAGAAAGCCAAGAUGGAAAAGGCUGUCGAACACUGGAAAGUGUUCGAGAAAUAUCUGCAAAGUGCUGGCCAGUUCGCCGGUAUGCAGCAAUCCGGCUUCGAUACAAAUAGAUUUCCUGAUUACCAUGACGCACCUGGAUGCCCGUCAGAAAUCCAGCAACAAGCGGCGGACAAAGUGGGCGAUGUUCUCAAGCUAGUGGAAAGGGUACUGGCAGACGUUGACAAAGCUUUGGAAGGUCUAGACGCAGAGCUCGCACGACUCAAGGCCAAACAAAGAAGUCUUGGCCGACUUUUGACGGACCCGGACAAGCCAGAUCGACCGCAGCCUAUGACAUGCAAGAAAUAUCUGCUCCGUGGUGUUGCAACCGAGCGCGAUGUCAUAUUCGUGUGUCGACGGCAGCAGACAGAUUUGGUUGAUCUAGGAGAUUCGGCGAGUAAACGGGACCAAUGGUGGCGUCUGGCUUAUGCUCUGGGUGAAGAACAUCCAGUCAAGGCUGAGAAAAUCGAAAUGGAGCGGGUGAUGAGAGAGGUUUGGCAGGAGACAAAAACGCCACUCAUUAUUUAUGCUACAGAAGACGCCCUCAGGAUCCCAAAUGAUCCGCUUACUUUACCACUAGAACGUUUCGUCAAAGCGGACAAUAAGACGUUCCGCAACGAGCUGAACAUGGAGCGGGCCAACAAACAAGAAAACUCACCGCGAGAAUAUCAAUUCUUGGACCCUAUUUCACCAUCUAAGAGAAAACACCGAUCGUCAAGCCCAGAUUCACUCGACACUAAUCAUGCAUCUCUGGGUAGCGACGGCGACAACGCAUUCGACAAUCCCUUCGAAGACCAAGCGGCUAGCUUUAGCGUCCAAGGUGGCAAUUAUGAGCCACACGUUGUGACCACCGAUGACCUACCAGAAUUUGCAGACAUGGGGCCGGGAGACGGGACGCAACUCGAGCUUGUGCAAACGAAACCAAUAUACCGUGAGGUGGCGCCUGGACCGCCACAAGAGAUGGAGCAGCUCCCGCCGCUGCAGCCGUUCAUUGCUGCCUCGGUAAAGGGGCAUUCGGAAGAGAGCCCGAAGACGGAUAGCGUUAGGGAUGUUGAAAUGCCGAGCCUGGAGAAAGAGAGUUAG